UAUUGUAGUCAAGCCAGUCCCGCGUUUGUUUGUCUUCCGGUGUUGUUUUUUAUUAAUGUUUUCCCCUCUGUAGUGUGUGUCGUUAUUUGUUAAUAUUUUAAUUUUUAACAGCGGUCGCAGUCGCAACGGCGUCGUUCAUUUGUUUGUUACGCAAUGGCCGCCGUCUCACGAUCCGCUUGUUCAUGUAAUUUGACUGCGCGCGUUUUUUAUUUUUUUUUUUUUGUUAUCUGUAACUGAAUUGUUUUGAGUAGUGCAUCAUCGUUUUGUUUAAAACUCAAAUUUUCUUUACUUCACAAAUAAAAUGGGUCUCUGUUUUCUUUGUGAUGCAAAAUUGUUUGGUGAACGUACACGAGUCUGUUCAAGCAUUACACCUCAUAGUAAUGUACCGUAUCCAGAAAAGAUAGUUGAACUUCUUGGAGAUGAAUUUGUUGUUAUUGUUACCCCUGCUGAUCACAUGUGCAAAAAAUGCACAUCACUUUUGACUCAUAUGGACAAGUUGGAAAAUGAUUUGAAACUUGUUAAAAAUGCAAUGUUGUCAUAUAUACAGAAGAAAUAUGGAAUAUUGCCUCCUGAUCAGGCUGUUAAGGGUGUUGAGAUUGUCAAUGGACACUUAAAGGCAGAAGAGCAACUAGAACAGGGUCAGCGUAAAGUACCUAGUGGUCUAACAGUAGGAGUUUCUCCCACUGUGACUACUGCUGCCGCUAGUUCAGUUCAAACCCCAUUAAAAAUGUUAAAAACACCACAGCAGCAGCAGCAACACCAACCACAACAUCAUCAACAACAAUCACCACAACAAGAUGGUGCUAACAAAAUGAAAAUAUACAAAUGCGGUUUUUGUACAUUUCAAUCAAAAGAACUUGGACAUGUUAGAUUUCAUAUGCGCACUCAUAUGAAUAAAAAAGAACCCGAAAAACCUAUUCUUAAUCAAUCAGCGGCUAAAGCAUUAACUCCGGUACCACAACAAAAAAAACGACUCUAUAGGUGUCAAGUAUGUUCCAAAUCAUUUGACAGUCGAAUGAAUUGUCUUGAUCACAUUCAGAAAGACCAUAAUCAACCAACUGCAUCAACGUCUAAUGGGGAAAGAGAAACUGAAGAUUCUCGUCCGGUUACUACAACUAAAGCAACCAAGCCGGAACCAUCCAAGACUCAAGAAAAUAAUCAACAAGCGGAGACUCCUAUGGAUGUAGACGAUAAUCAAAGAGGUCACAAACAAGGAACUGUAGAUACGGAUAUGAUGUUGAAUGACAAUGUCCCUACUGAAGGAUCUGCAGAUAACGAACAAGAAGAAGAAACUGAAAAUGCAGGCGAAGAAGAAGAAACUGAAAACUCUCAGGACAAUAAGACAGUAAAAGAAGGUAAAUCCAUAAAAAAAUCUGAAUCUGGGCAAGAAGAAGCCACAGGAGAAGAAGAAGGGGAUGAAGAAGAUACAGCUGUGCCUGAACAAGAAGAACCAGAUCAAGAAAUUCCGGACAGUGUUGAGAAAGAUGUUGAUGAAGACAGUGCGAAUGCAGAGAACAAGACAGGAGACUUAGACAUAGAAUCCAUGUUAGCCGCAAUUCAUAAUGAUAAUCCUACAAACAGCGAGGAUUCAGAAAACAAAGUUUAAGGUUUUUACAACUUAUUUAAAAGUUAGAAAUCAGUUUUGAAUAUAAAGGAUUAAAUUAAUAAUUUAUUAUUCUCUUAGGGUUUUAUUAUAUUUUUACAAUAACUAUUUUUAAGGAACUUAGUUUAGGAGACUAUACUAUUUAUUUUAUUAAUAGACUUAACCAAAUUAAUUUUAUAUAUAUGCACAUAUAUAUAUAUAUAUACUGAAAUGACUAAAAUAAGAAGUACAAUUAAAAAAAAAAACACUCAAAAAUGAUUCAUAGCUUUUGAAUAAAAAUCAAUUUCAUUUGCAGAUAAAACAAUAACUAUUAAAAUUUAAAUCUUGUGCUGCUUAAUUAUAAAAUAAAAUUUCAAAAACCACUGGUUUCUAUUACUAUAACAAGUAUUAUUGUCUGAUAUUUGUGAUUAAGGUUAUUUUUAAAAGAAAUUAUUGAGUUACCCUCAAUAGGUAAAAUAGUAAAUACUAAUAUGGACACCAACCCUCGUUUUACUUUUAAGAUAAGUUCAAAAGCAUAUAAUUAUGUAUGAAUAUUUGUAAUAGUUUUAAUAACAUUACCUAAAUCAAUAAUAGGACAAAUGUUUAUCAUUCUAUGAAACAAAAAACAAAACAAACUGAAAUAAUAGUAUAUAAAAAAUAAUAUUUAUUUAUUAGAAUCUAUAGUAGUUAUACAUUUUACUUAAUUAUUUCUAAUCAAUUAAAUCCUCAAUGUAUAAGUUAAUAUUACAUAACAAUAUUCAAUUUUAAACGUUACACACAAAACCCAAAAAUUAUUUUUAGGACAAGCUCAUUGGCUGGCAUUUAAACAUAAAAGAUUCCUUGUGAUAGUUUUAAUAAUUUAUGUUAAAAUCAAUAAUUAUAUUAAUAUUAGACUAACUUAGCAUACUGUAAAAUAAAAAAUAAAAUUAAAAAAGAAUCUAUAAAGAAAUUUUAAAAAGUAAUUAUUAGUUUGUAGUAUUUUCAAAGGUAUUAAUUUUAGUUUAUUUUUUGUAAUAUAUGAACUCCUAAAUGUAUAAGUGACUAUUACAUAGUAAUAUGCAGAGAUGUUAACAAUUCACAAUUAUAAUUUUAAGGACAAGUUCAGAGGCAUUUAAAGCCAGAAUCUCUGUCAUAGUUUUAAUUAUUUUUGUUUAAUCAAUAUUAAUAUUAACAUUAGACUAACUUAGUAUAUCGUAAAAUAGAAAAAUAAAAUUCAAAAUUAAUCUUUAAAAAAAAUUUAAAAAGUAAAACCCAAAAAAAUUAUUAUUUUGUAGUACCUUCAUAGGUUAUUAAUUCUAGUUUAUUUUUAUAUUUUAUGAAAUCCUAAAUGUAUAAGUGAAUAUUACAUAGUAAUAUGCAGAGAUGUUAACAAUUCAACUAUCAUUAUUUUAAGGACAAGUUCAGAGGCAUUUAGUGCCAGAAUCUCUGUCAUAGUUUUAAUUAUUUUUGUUUUAAUUAAUAAUAAUAUUAACAUUAAAUUAACUUAGUAUAUCGAAAAAUAUAAAAAUUAAAUUCAAAAAAAAAUAAUUAUUUUGUAGUACCUUCAUAGGUUAUUAAUUUUAGUUUAUUUUUGUAAUUUAUAAAAUCCUAAAGCCAUAAGUGACUAUUACAUAGUAAUAUGCGGAGAUUUAAACAAUUAACAAAUUAUUAUUUUAAGGACAAGUUCAGAGGCAUUUAAAGCCAGAAUCUCUGUCAUAGUUUUAAUUAUUUUUGUUUAAUCAAUAUUAAUAUUAACAUUAGACUAACUUAGUAUAUCGUAAAAUAGAAAAAUAAAAUUCAAAAUUAAUCUUUAAAAAAAAAUUUAAAAAGUAAAACCCAAAAAAAUUAUUAUUUUGUAGUACCUUCAUAGGUUAUUAAUUCUAGUUUAUUUUUAUAUUUUAUGAAAUCCUAAAUCCAUAGGUGAAUAUUACAUAGUAAUAUUCAGUUGUUUAUUAUAUUCAAAUCAUUAUUUUAAGGACAAGUUCAGAGGCAUUUAAUGCCAGAAUCUCUGUCAUAGUUUUAAUUAUUAUUUUUUAAUUAAUAAUAAUAUUAACAUUAAAUUAACUUAGUAUAUCGAAAAAUAUAAAAAUUAAAUUAAAAAAAAAAUUAUUAUUUUGUAGUACCUUCAUAGGUUAUUAAUUUUAGUUUAUUUUUGUAAUUUAUAAAAUCCUAAAGCCAUAAGUGACUAUUACAUAGUAAUAUGCGGAGAUUUAAACAAUUAACAAAUUAUUAUUUUAAGGACAAGUUCAGAGGCAUUUAAAGCCAGAAUCUCUGUCAUAGUUUUAAUUAUUUUUGUUUAAUCAAUAUUAAUAUUAACAUUAGACUAACUUAGUAUAUCGUAAAAUAGAAAAAUAAAAUUCAAAACUAAUCUUUAAAAAAAAUUUAAAAAGUAAAACCCAAAAAAAUUAUUAUUUUGUAGUACCUUCAUAGGUUAUUAAUUCUAGUUUAUUUUUAUAUUUUAUGAAAUCCUAAAUCCAUAGGUGAAUAUUACAUAGUAAUAUGCGGAGAUUUAAACAAUUAACAAAUUAUUAUUUUAAGGACAAGUUCAGAGGCAUUUAAAGCCAGAAUCUCUGUCAUAGUUUUAAUUAUUUUUGUUUAAUCAAUAUUAAUAUUAACAUUAGACUAACUUAGUAUAUCGUAAAAUAGAAAAAUAAAAUUCAAAAUUAAUCUUUAAAAAAAAUUUAAAAAGUAAAACCCAAAAAAAUUAUUAUUUUGUAGUACCUUCAUAGGUUAUUAAUUCUAGUUUAUUUUUAUAUUUUAUGAAAUCCUAAAUCCAUAGGUGAAUAUUACAUAGUAAUAUGCAGAGAUGUUAACAAUUCAACAAUCAUUAUUUUAAGGACAAGUUCAGAGGCAUUUAAAGCCAGAAUCUCUGUCAUAGUUUUAAUUAUUUUUGUUUAAUCAAUAUUAAUAUUAACAUUAGACUAACUUAGUAUAUCGUAAAAUAGAAAAAUAAAAUUCAAAAUUAAUCUUUAAAAAAAAUUUAAAAAGUAAAACCCAAAAAAAUUAUUAUUUUGUAGUACCUUCAUAGGUUAUUAAUUCUAGUUUAUUUUUAUAUUUUAUGAAAUCCUAAAUUCAUAGGUGAAUAUUACAUAGUAAUAUGCAGAGAUGUUAACAAUUCAACAAUCAUUAUUUUAAGGACAAGUUCAGAGGCAUUUAAAGCCAGAAUCUCUGUCAUAGUUUUAAUUAUUUUUGUUUAAUCAAUAUUAAUAUUAACAUUAGACUAACUUAGUAUAUCGUAAAAUAGAAAAAUAAAAUUCAAAAUUAAUCUUUAAAAAAAAUUUAAAAAGUAAAACCCAAAAAAAUUAUUAUUUUGUAGUACCUUCAUAGGUUAUUAAUUCUAGUUUAUUUUUAUAUUUUAUGAAAUCCUAAAUCCAUAGGUGAAUAUUACAUGGUAAUAUUCAGUUGUUUAUUAUAUUCAAAUCAUUAUUUUAAGGACAAGUUCAGAAGCAUUUAAAGCCAGAAUCUCUGUCAUAGUUUUAAUUAUUUUUGUUUAAUCAAUAUUAAUAUUAACAUUAGACUAACUUAGUAUAUCGUAAAAUAGAAAAAUAAAAUUCAAAAUUAAUCUUUAAAAAAAAUUUAAAAAGUAAAACCCAAAAAAAUUAUUAUUUUGUAUUACCUUCAUAGGUUAUUAAUUCUAGUUUAUUUUUAUAUUUUAUGAAAUCCUAAAUCCAUAGGUGAAUAUUACAUAGUAAUAUUCAGUUGUUUAUUAUAUUCAAAUCAUUAUUUUAAGGACAAGUUCAGAGGCAUUUAAUGCCAGAAUCUCUGUCAUAGUUUUAAUUAUUAUUUUUUAAUUAAUAAUAAUAUUAACAUUAAAUUAACUUAGUAUAUCGAAAAAUAUAAAAAUUAAAUUCAAAAAAAAUAAUUAUUUUGUAGUACCUUUAUAGGUUAUUAAUUUUAGUUUAGUUUUGUAAUUUUUAAAAUCCUAAAGCCAUAAGUGACUAUUACAUAGUAAUAUGCAGAGGUUUAAACAAUUAACAAAUUAUUAUUUUAAGGACAAGUUCAGAGGCAUUUAAUGCCAGAAUCUCUGUCAUAGUUUUAAUUAUUUUUGUUUAACCAAUAUUAAUAUAAACAUUAGACUAACUUGAUAUAUCGUAAAAUAGAAAAAUCAAAUCAAAAAGUCUUUAAAAAAAUUUUAAAAAGUAAAAUCCAAAAAAAUAAUUAUUCUGUAGUACCUUCAUAGGUUAUUAGUUUUAGUUUAUUUUUAUAUUUUAUGAAAUCCUGGAUUAAGUGACUAUUACAAAGUAAUAUGCAGACAUGUUAACAAUUAACAAAUUAUUAUUUUAAGGACAAGUUCAGAGGCCUUUAUUGCCAGAAUCUCUGUCAUACUUUAAUUAUUUUUGUUUAAUUAAUAAUUAUGUUAAUAUUAGACUAACUUAACAUACUGUAAAAUAGAAAAAGAAAAUUCAAAAAGAAACUAUAAAAAAAAUUAUAUUGUAGUAUCUUCAUAAGUUUUUAAUUUUAGUUUAUUUUUUGUAAUAUAUGAAUUCCUAAAUGUAUAAGUGAAUAUUACAUUGUAAUAUGUGGUUGUUGAUUAUGUUCAUUAUUUUAAGGACAAGUUCAGGGGCAUUUAUUGCCAGAAUCUCUGUCAUAGUUUUAAGUAUUUUUGUUUAAUCAAUUAUAAUAUUAACAUAAGACUAACUUAGUAUAUCUUAAAAUAGAAAAAUAAAUUUCAAAAAGUAUCUAAAAAAAAUUUUAAAAAGUAAAAUUCAAAAAUAUAAUUAUUUUGUAGUACCCUCAUAAGUUAUUAAUUUUAGUUUAUAUUUUGUAAUUUAUGAAAUCCUACAUGUAUAAGUGAAUAUUACAUUGUAAUAUGCAGUUGUUGACUUUACUCAUUAUUUUAAGGACAAGUUCAGGGGCAUUUAUUGCCAGAAUCUCUGUCGUAGUUUUAAGUAUUUUUGUUUAAUCAAUUAUAAUAUUAACAUUAGACUAACUUAGUAUAUCUUAAAAUAGAAAAAUAAAUUUCAAAAAGUAUCUAAAAAAAAAAUUUAAAAAGUAAAAUUCAAAAAUAUAAUUAUUUUGUAGUACCCUCAUAAGUUAUUAAUUUUAGUUUAUAUUUUGUAAUUUAUGAAAUCCUAAAUCCAUAAGUGACUAUUACAUUGUAAUAUGCAGUUGUUGACUUUACUCAUUAUUUUAAGGACAAGUUCAGGGGCAUUUAUUGCCAGAAUCUCUGUCAUAGUUUUAAGUAUUUUUGUUUAAUCAAUUAUAAUAUUAACAUUAGACUAACUUAGUAUAUCUUAAAAUAGAAAAAUAAAUUUAAAAAGUAAAAUCCAAAAAAAAUUUUUUUUUGAAGUACCUUCAUAAGUUUUUAAUUUUAGUUUAUUUUUUGUAAUUUAUGAAAUUCUAAAUGUAUAAGUGAAUAUAACAUAAUAAUAUUCAGUUGUUGAUUGUACUCACAAAAACCAAAACAUUAUUGUAUGGACUAGUUUAUUGUAUUGUAAGUAGUAGUUAUUCAUUUAUUAUUAUUAUUUUUUAAGAUAUUGUAUUCUAAAUUUAUAAAAUAGUGUCUAUAUUUAAUAAUAAAAAAAAUAUUUUGGUGUAAA